GUGAUGACCAAUCAGUGCACGUGACUGCAGAAGGUUGCGCAAACAAAUCGUCGAGUGAGAGCUGUUGUUUUUCCUGUUUUGGUUUAUACAAGAAGGAUAAUGUAUAAACAGGCACGCGCAGGGAUGACUUUACUCGCUCUAUUAUGCGUGUUUAGUCAUGUUUUUUACCUGCAGGUUUCUUCUGCGCCGGUUAAUAAUGUCUUCAAACACCUGCAGAAUCCAUCUAAAUUCUGGCAUAUCUCAGACCUGCACUUGGAUCCAACCUACCAUGUCACAGAAGACCACACCAAAGUGUGUUUUUCCUCCAAGGGAGUUCCUGCAUUGGACCCAGGAGUGUUUGGAGAUUUCCUGUGUGAUUCCCCAUACCAGCUCAUUCUCUCAGCGUUUAGUUACAUGAAACAAGUGGACCUGCAGCCUGAGUUCAUUAUAUGGACAGGAGACAGCCCUCCACAUGUUCCUAAAGAAGAGCUGUCUACUGAUGUAGUGAUCAACGUUAUUGCCAAUAUGACUCAAACCAUACGUCAGUUCUUCCCACAGUUGCCGGUUUACCCUGCCCUGGGCAACCAUGACUACUGGCCACAGGAUCAGUUGCCAACGUCUGCGAAUGCAAUUUACGAUGCUGUAGCAAAACUCUGGUCUCCGUGGUUGAACCCAGCAGCUGUAGCUACUUUGCAAAAAGGUGGCUUUUACUCUCUUGUGAUCAAACCUGGCCUCCGUCUGGUGAGUCUCAACACAAACCUGUAUUACAGUCCUAAUGAAGUGACUGUAAAUAUGUCUGAUCCUGCCGGGCAGUUCCAGUGGCUGCAGGAAACACUUGAGCUCUCAAGACAAAACAUGGAGAAGGUCUAUGUUAUUGCUCACGUCCCCAUCGGUUACCUACCCUAUGCUAUAAAUACAACAGCCAUCCGAGAAAGCUACAAUGAACAACUGGUCAAAAUAUUUCGCAACUACAGUGACGUUGUUCAGGGUCAAUUCUACGGUCACACUCAUCGAGACAGCAUAAUGGUAAUGCUGGAUCACCAAGGGAAACCUGUGAACUCUAUAUUUGUUACACCUGCUGUUACACCUAUCAAAAGUCUAUUGGAGCCAUUUUCAAACAAUCCUGGCCUCCGUGCGUAUCUGUACCACCCUGAGAAUUAUGGUUUACUGGAUAUUUGGCAGUUCUAUUUAAAUCUCACAGAAGCAAACCUGGAACAAAAGUCAGAGUGGAAGUUGGAAUACAUUAUGACUGAGGCUUUUAAUAUCGAAGACAUUCAGCCCCACAACUUGCAUGAACUUGCUCUUAGGUUCAAGCAGCCAAAGAGCAAAGCCUUUGAGAAGUAUUUUAACCAUUUUAUGGUGAGCUACAACUUAACCAUCACAUGCGAUGAUAUCUGCAAAACGCUUCAAGUGUGUGCUGUGCACUUUUUGGAUCGCGAGACCUACUUGCAGUGCAUUGCGAGUGCCGGGAGACAGAAAGAUUGAGCUGAUGUUACAGUUCUGGAGUAGAUACUUCAUUUUACUCACUUUAAAUGGUUUUAAUCUUUUUAGAUUAAAAGAAAUCAGGGAACUUUUUUUAUUUAAAGAAUAAUAAUAAUAAUAAUAAUAAAACAGUGAAACCUCAGUAAAACGUGUCUUACUUCACCCCAACACCAAAAGGGGGGAAAAAGCAAUUCAAAAUUUAUGUAAAUAAAAUUAAGCUUAAUUUAAGACCAUUAAGAUUUUUUAUUUUCAUUAUAUUCAUGACCAUUUAACCACGUUUCCCCUUAGAAAUUCUCAGUAUCAUGAUGCGUCCAGGCAUUUAACAUUUGAUUAUUAUUAUUAUUAUUAUUAUUAUUAUUGGUAAAUGCCACUAUUUUUAAUGGUGUUUUUUACUGUAAUAUUAAUACUAAUAUAAACAACAACAAAAAAAGGCUGUACAACAAAUACUACGGUGAUUAAAUACUUAAUUUUAAGCAAAAUAUAAUGUAUUAAUUCUUAUUCAUUUUGUGGUGAAGCAUUUCAUGUUUUUUGAGAUUUACUGUGAAAACUGAUACUGAUUCUAAGGCACUUUUUUAAAUUUCUUUUAAAAUGAUUGUAAUGCAUUUUAUACUUUGAAUCAAAAGUACUUAAAAUAUAUAUAUAUAUAUAUAUAUAUAUAUAUAUAUAUAAUAAUAUAUAUAUAUUUUUUUUUUAUCAGCUGCUAAAAAUUAAGGAGAAAAACUUUUUAUUUGAUUGGACCACUCUUCUGUGUGGCUGAAUGUAGCCACAGUCUUCCUUGCACAAACAAAUAUUAAAAUUUGACAGAUUUUACAAGCUA